AUGCAGAAUAGGUAUACCGAUGCCAUUUCAAGUGCAAUCAAGGAAUGGGAUACUAAAUUUUUGCGCAAAAUGCAGUCCAUCUAUUUUGGCUGCGGGAAAAAAUGUUGCGACAAUAAGGACUUCGACACCGAACAAGUUCAGUCAUGUAUUGAGCAUUGCGAGAAACCGGUUAACGCUGCUCAAAAUCUUGUCCAGGGCGAGCUGAAUCAACUUCAAGUACAUCAAUGUUGUUUCUUUGCAGUUUUUAACUUUUUUUCCUUCAUAAGUAAAUGGGCGUCUUCAAUGGAAACGCUAGUGUGCGUAAACAAGUGUAUUGAGGAGCAAAUAACCAAUGCUAUCCCCGCCACUGUGCGACUUGUUUCCGCACAACUGCAAAAAAUUCGUGCUGAACAGCCCUCCGAUUAG